UCCGGGUACGGGUACCUUGGCUGAUCUUAACCAUUCGUUUUCAAUCUCCACGGCUUACAUUUGUUAAACCUUCCUGCGCACUAAAUAACUAAACAAAUUACAAAAAGGCUCCUGCCGCGUUAAGUUUUUUUCAUCCUAAUCCAACUAACUGACCCGAUUAAAAUAAAUUGAUUAAGACUGCAAACCCAAUUGGGUAGACCCACUGCCGCCCUAACCAAUUUCCAGUCUCCCUAACCAAUAACACGAUCCCUCUCUCGUCUUGGAGGGACGCCCCUUCACAGUUCCAAGAGAAGCUCCCCAUCCAAUUUGAACUCCCCAACUUAAUCAUCUUUUUGAAUCCCAAUUACUUGCAUCCACAUUCGAUGUAAAUUGAAUUUUCCAAUUUAUUUUGUCUUGUUUCUUCUUCGCCAUUUUUUUCCCCUCGCCUAUCUCUUUCUAACACGAUUACGGCGACCGUGUCUAUUAUUGUGUUCAUCAAACUUUUCAUUUGCAAAAGAACCCUUGAAAGAGGUUUGCUAACCCUACGGUUCAUGUCGCUAGUGCUUUGUCAUCUUGUCUUAGCGUUAUUGUGAUUUUCUCGAACCUUAUAUCUCUCGGUGAAAUUUAGGUUUCCUGAUAUGUAGUGUUCGUCUCGCCCAGAGGAUUGAGGAAGAAGAUGAAGAACACAUAAUUUGAUUCGAAUCGGAUGGACAGGUCUCCUUAGUUUGUGUUUAUGUAUUAACGGCGCGUUUAGGAGUAAUUCUAGUUGGACUAGGUCUGAUCAUUGAUUUUUGCAGGCUUUUAAAUAACAUUCAAACGUGUGCUUGUACAUGACCCAUGCAAUAUUCAAAAGUGGGCCUGGAACGUGCGAGCCCAUUUGUUUUCUCCUGCAGUAUCAAUUCGUGCGCCAACCCUAGUUUAACUAGCUUUACUAACCCUAGUUUAAGCUACACGAGUUAACAUCAUCAUUACUACAUAUCUUCCAAAAUAUUCUAACUCUUGACAUUCCAGACUCAACCGUCUCCAUCACACUCACGUCUCCACACUCAACCCCCACGAUCACUUUUUCUUACACCUACAUUCUCUCUUUCCUCCAUCUUCACCUUCCCUUGUUCCUUCUUCCUCUGACUCCAUGGCAAACAAAGGUAAAUCUUUUGCGGAAAUGGGGAUACUAUCUCUUUCAAACGAAGACUACCGAUCCACCGCAAGUCUCGGGGACUAUCUUUCAUUCACAAGCAAGACAUCAAUUGUGGCCGAGUACGAGUUCAUCCACCUUAGUCCUUUCCCUGAAGAAGUGAAGAAGUUAAUUAAAAAUCUUGGCUGGGAAAAGUUCUUUGAUCUCCGGAGUCGAGGAAGCACCAGUUACUGCCCGCAUGUGGUGAGGAAGUUCUACCACAAUUUAGAGCUGUCUGGUCCCUACGAUUCUCAUCUCGUGUCGAUCUUCCUGGGUCAUAGAGUCUGCUUCCAGCCUCAUCAGUUUGCUGAGAUCCUCGAUCUCCCCGCCGCAGGACACCCCACAUAAUUGUGUUCAAAUUGCGUGAAUGCAAGACAUGAUCAGGAUUUAGAAGCAGAAGCAGAAUCAGACGCAGAUGUAAAUAAAAGCCCAACCUCUUCACAAUCCGGAUCAUGUACACAAGCCCACUUUUGAAGGGAAUUUAAAAGCCCAACUAGACUUUGUCCUAAACGCACCGUUAAUACAUAAACACAAGUUAAGGCGACCUCUCCAUCUGAUUCGAAUCAAAUUCUGUCUUCUUCAUCUUCUUUCUCAAUUAGGUCGAAGACUGUGUUGCUUAUUUCAUCUUCAAUUUGUGUAAAUUCCAUUCGGAAAUAAAAUGGCGAAGAACAAAACGUCGAUUGUGGAUACAAGGAAACGAUGAUUAUGUGGAGAUUUUAGAUUCCGGUCGGAAAUAAAAUGACGAAGAACAAAACGUCGAUUGUGGAUACAAGGAUUUGUGGUUCAAAAUGAUGAUUAUGUGGGGAUUUUAAAUUGAAAAGGGAUCUUCUCUUCGAAAGUGGAUACAUAGAUUUGGGGUUCAAAACAUGAUGAUGUUGGGGAUUUUGAUAUUGGAUUGGGAGCUAAAUCGAAUGUCGAUCAAAUGAUAAAAGGAUUUGAGAUUUGAGAUUUCAGAAACGAUGAUAAAAGGAUUAUGUUCGAACUUCGAACUAAGAGGGGACGUCCCCUCCAAGACGAAUGAGGGACUAGAAAUUGGUUAGGGCGGCGGGUCGUAUCCAUAGGGUUUAACCUCUUAAUCGAUAUAAUUAAACCGGGUACAGUUAGGUUGAAGUCCAAUGAACAACGCUUCGUGAUGCUUUUGGUAAUUUUCCUUGCCCCCGGUUACCCGUACCCCUGAUUUUUCCCUCGGCACCCUAGAACUGCCCAUAUAUAUAUUUUUAAUUUUAUGGCAAGAGUUGUGAUUCAUCACCACUUGCCAUAACCCUUAGCAGUGACUAAACCAUCUCCAACAACCAAAUUCCAUAAUCCUAGAAUGUCAUAUUUUUUUUUUUUUGCAUUUUGGCACUCAAAAAUUGGUUUUUGCUCCAACAAGCAAAGCCAAAAUGCUAGAAUGCCUAAUCUUCUCCUUUUGUGAUAAUCUAGUUUAGUGUAGAUUUCAUUACUUUAAUUGAAUAAUUUUUAGAUUAUUUGUAUACAGGUAGUAAUAAUUAAUUAAGACGAACGUUUCGAUAAUUUUUUUUAAUUUUGAUAUAAAAAAAUUAUUGAGUUGGAAGCUAAUAGAGCCGUUGGAAUUUAAUUGCAGAACUAAAACUGAAUUUUUUUUUGUCUUCCCAACGACAAAAAAGGAGGGGAGAAGUGCGUCAGUUUGAAGGAAAAAGGUGUGGCCGGAUUUGAGCCAACUUUUGGCAUUCCUUGUCUUAUUCAAAUUGGUAUUUGGCUAUAAAAUUAUAGGAUUUUGGGCAUUUUAGUAUUUCCCAAAAUUUGUUGGAGGAGCUAUUUUGAUAUUUUUGGCAUUUUGAGUGAGUUGUUGGAGAUGUCUAAGGAUCCAUAGGUAUACACCCACUGCCAACUCCACUGGUCAAACCACACAAGCCAUGCAUACCUCACCUGGCUUCCUUCAGUCAAAUGAGAUGUAUACUCUAAAGAGACAUUUUCCAUCUUAAUGUCACGUUGCAUUUUCGAACAUGACUUUUGCCACCCUUACAUGUGGUAUCAUGCCUCUCUACUCGAGUUGUCCAACCAGCUCAUCCGGUUGUUGACAUCGACCCCUGUGGUUGUGAGUUGCUCUAUAAGGUACAUCAUGCAUUCUCAAUUCUUUUGGAUUCGAUGGAAAACCACUAGCACAUCUCUGUUUUGGUUUCCCCCAAACUGCUUCAUGUCUACUGUUCACAUAGCUUCGAGGGGAUGUGUACUUAGACUUUACACGUCCACUGCCACCUACAUGGCUCAUUUGUCUUUGUUUGCAGACCCCAAAGUCUUGUCGACUUCUACACUUAGCACACAACCACCUUUCACCAUUUAUUGUAGCACAUUUCGUUGGUGCAUAUUGAAACUUCUUAUGCAUGCCACUAUGUCCAUCAUUUUUGGUUGACAUAUUAAAACCUUGUUCAUCCUUUUCUACACUCUUAAAUUGAUGCAAGCCAUGAGUGGCUAGAUCAUAACGCAUAUUGCUUGACUUGCCCCAAUCCAAUUGUUGUGGUUGGUGACAUGACCCUAGUCUAUUCCUGAUCAUGCUUUUACCUUUAUGGGAGUCAUGUGCAGGCUGAACUUUUUUCAAGUUGUCUGACAUGCCCCCCAAUCGAUCUUUGCUGGUUGAUGACAUGCCCCCUGUUCAAACUUCGGGACACUAACUUGCCCUCUUGUGGAAGAUUUUUUUGACAAAAUAUUCAGUAUAGGAUCACGAUGAGUUAGGCCAUUUUUUUCUUUGGAUUUUAGCAUGUGGUCACCAUCCUGACACAGAGAAGUGGUUUUGGUAACCAUUGUUGCAACAUCUCCUAACUUGGUGGAACAUGAGUAAUUAGUCAUCCUGCCAAAAAGUGUGAUGGUAUGCUCCCUAGCAGGUUAACUUAAUCAUUAUUAUCAGGUUCUCCAUUGUGCUUCCCCUUUUCAAUGUAUUCACAUACGAGUUUCUUACCAUGUUUUUUACUUUUGCUUUUUCCAGAAGCACGUUCACACAUACUUCCUCGCAAUGGCUUUUGUAAGCAAUCUCUAAAUCUUGUGCCCUUACAAGAAAUAGCGUUUACUGGAAAGGAAACAUUUGAAUUGCUUGCUUCUGGAAACAACAUUGAAGCCAAAGUAGGGGGUGAGUCCUUAUUAACAUUAUCUAACCCACUACCAAUUUCAUCUUGGCAUAUGCAGACUCUUUAACCUUUUUUUUCCCAAUCAAGCACGAAAAGUUGAAUUGACCACUACUUUUACCAUGAAGUUGUGGAUUGUCCAUCGAAAUGGGCUGAUACCCAACUUUCUCAUCGACCAAUUGUGGCUGACUACCUAAACCACAAUCUUUGCCAAUGCUUACUGUUUCAAUUUUUUCAUUGACCAAAUCUUUGUCGCUCAACAACAAGAUUUUUUAUAGUAUAGUGGAUACAUCAUGCAUAAUUUCAUACUCUGAAAUUUGAAAAUCAUAAACAUAUAUAUCAAUCAACCUAUCACAGAAUUUAUAAAAGCUUUGUUCAAGAUGAUCAAAAUGCUUAUGUACAGAGGCAAUUUGAAGAUUUACCUGUUGGUCGAUUUUACAAAUUCCAACCACCAUCUAAUGAAUCUCCUUCACCAUUUGGCGGAUUGAGGGCACUGGUUCACAUGGAUCUCCAUUUGGCGCCAAGGGUGACACCGCUGCUCCAACACUAAUGCCUGAAGCCUCUCCAACUUGGUCAACUUCCACAUUGACCAACUGCUCCUACUCCACGAAACCUUAUGGAAGAUAAUCCUCGUGUUGCCUCCGUCGCAAAGCCAUACCAAACACACGUGUUUCACUAGACCUGUCAAUUUGUUUAAGAUGGAAAAACGAGCGAAUGGGUUGCACCUAACUUCUAUGAAGGUGACGAUUGUUACUACGGUCCACAUCUCUUCAAACAUUAUUUGAACGAGGGUGUUUAGUGUGAGGGGAAUCUACUUUACCUUACACUAAUCCUAUGGAGAUUCCUUGAGAUUUUCGCUAAUACAACUAAGACUACUGC